AUGAGCGCUACGGUCGUCCAGUACCCCGUCGCACCGCGCGCCCCCUGCACGCGACUCGCCGACUCGGUCGCGGCCGCAAAGAAACGCAGCGGCGCCCACGUGCGCGCGCCGUCGGAGCGCCUCGCGCUCGUGCUCGACAUGGACGAGUGCCUCGUGCACAGUCAGUUCCAGAACGACGUGGCGCAGUACCGCCAGAGCGAGCGCCGGCCCGCGCACGUUGCGCCCUACAGCGACUCGUUUGAGAUCGUGUUGGACGACGGCGAGCGCGCGCGGGUCAACAAGCGGCCGGGGCUCGACCGGUUCCUCGAAGAGGCCGCGAAGCACUACGACGUGUACGUGUUUACGGCGGGCCUCGAGGCGUACGGGAAGCCCAUCCUCGACGCGCUAGACCCCAAGGGCACGCUCUUUGCCGGCCGCUUCUUCCGCGCGUCGUGCCGCCCGCACAAGGGCAUGUUCCUCAAGGACCUGCGCGUCGUCCACGGCCGCGACCUCUCGCGCGUCGUGCUCGUGGACAACAACCCCGUGUCGUUCCUCUUGCAGCCGAGCAACGGCAUUCCCGUGCCGAGUUUCUACGACGACGAGGCCGACCGCACGCUCGAGUCGCUGAGCAAAGUGCUCACGAGUCUGCAGGACGUGGACGACGUGCGCCCGCGGCUGCACCAGCUGUUUCGGCUGGCGGAUCUGCUGGCGGACCACCAGCGAGUGAUUCUCGGGCAACAAUAG